AUGUACACCUUUCUGGCCUGCCAACCCGUUCGCCCUGGCGCCGACCUCGCUCUCACCCUCGCGGCCGUUCGCAUUGGGUCUUGGUGCGGCCACGAGGCGACGCUGAGAGACGUCUACGAGAGGACGAACUGGGCCGCGUUAACUGGUCUGUUGAGCAGACGAGCGAGAGAGCGAGAGAGUGAGAGAAUGGAUGUGUGGAUGGAGGAGGGGAUGGAUAAUUGGUCGAGUGAUGUGGACGAGAGCGGGCGUCAUGUGCAAGUGUCUCGGUCAGCUGAGACCGGAGAAGAGGGCCAAGGCCAGAGGCGAUUUUGUGAUAGACACGAGUUGGAUAAGUCAAACGGCCAAUUUUUACUCGCCUCUCGUUGCGUCCAGUCCAAUCUACUCAUCUGCCGGCUCGUCCACUCGUCGCUGGGCCCAGUCACAGAGCAACAGAAGCCUGGCGUUGCGUGCUCACUUCUCGGCAGACUGUCGGCUCGGACCGAAUUCCCACUUCUGAACGGCGCUGUCGCCUCGUGGAAGCGAGACCCCAGCCACGUCGGUGCAACAAGGUCGGCCACAAAGCAGGUGAGUAGUGUCUGUUUGUCUGGCUGUAGAGACAGGCGUGACAACCGAAAUCCAGUAAAAAUACUCCAUCCUCUCCUUUCAUAA